UAGUUUUAUGAUUUAUAAAUUCUAUUCAAUCCAAAUGCUAAAGAUACAGAUUUGUUAAUAAAUUUGAUUUAACAAUAGAUUUGAACAGAUUUUAUGCUAAAAACUCAAUUUGUAAUUAUUAAUUAAAUCUGCAUAUUAGAUUUGAAAAUCAGUGAUUUCCUUUGAUUUAAUAAAUUAUAUAUAAAUUUAAAAAUCAAUUAAAAUACUUAAACGAACGUUAUGCAUUCAUAUUUUUAAUUUAUAUUCCCUAUGUGUUGGUAAAAAACGGUUUUGAUAUUAAUAGCAACAAACAAGGUGCCUCUUUCUCUUGUACUUCUGCUUUUAUGCAUUUGUUUACUCAUAAAUGAGCGUGUGUCUGUAUGUGAUUUAGUUUUAUUUUUGUUGGUCUCUUUCUCUACUUUGUUACAGCUUUUUGGAUUUUAUUCUGAAGCAUGAGUUACGUGAGUCAAUCUAUUGAAUAAAAUCUUAACUAUUAAAAAAAGAAACCCUCCCUUGGGCAUAAAACACAUUCUGUCAUUUAUGGUUUAUGAUUAUUGUCAUUUUCACAGAAAGAAAUUUAGCAGUCUUAAAUUGUUGAAGUAACAUCCAAAACAAUUAAUUAAUUAUGAGAAAAUCUUAAUUACUAAAGGUGCAAGACACAUGUCCCUUAUGUCUUACUUACCAUAUGCGUUAUUACUGUAAAAAAUUAGCUACAAUUAAUUAAAAAAAAAUCUAAAUAUUGAUUAUAUACCAAACAAAUUUAUAUAAAGAGAUUGUGUCUGUAUAUUUAUUUCAAAAAUGAGCUAUAAUCAAUAAACAAAUCCACACAUACUUUUUAAAAAUUAAUGAAAAUACUAUGUAUUCCCUAAACAAAUCUAUACUUACUUUUCAAAAUUAAUUGAAAAUACCAUUUUAAAAUAUUAUGAAUAUGCUAACAAUUUUUAGUUCAUAUCUUUAAAAAUCUGUUAAAAGUUGCUUAGGAUAAGUUUUGAUUUAAUAACUUAAACUAAAAAAACAUUUUUUACAUAGUUAGUAUAUUUAAGCACUAAAAUAAAUUAUAUGAAAAGUAAAGUAAUCCGUUAACAACGUGCGGAACUAACCAAGAUAAUUUAUCCUUUAAAAACGCGCGAAACUAACCACAUUAAUUUUUUAAAGUGAGCCGUUAACAGCGGAACUAACAAACAUUAAGAUUUCAAAAUACCGUUAAUCACGCGCGAAACUUUUAAUAAAUUAGUUAUAUAUUAUUUGAAAGUUAGAUACUAAUUUAUCAUACAAUAUCUUAUUUUAAGAACAUAACAAUGCUAUCUAUCCAAACAAUUCAAAGGAAAUGGCAAUAUUAGGGGAACAAAUCUUUUUUUUUGAAACAAUGGGAAAAUUUAAUAAUACUUUUAAAAGUUUAGAAGAAAAAGUGGAGUGGUAUCGUGGUUACUGGCACUAUAUAAUGUACCGUGCCAAGGAGGUGAUAGAUACUUCUCUUACAAUACAAUCUGCUUAUAUAAGCUCUCUUCUCGUGUCUCUCUCUCUCUCUCUCUCUCUUCACCUUCAUUCCUCAGUUCCUCAGAUACUUCCUUCUUCUUUCUCUGUCUCUCGGAAUAAAAGAAGACAAAGUUCUUCUCUUUUGUUCCGAAGGUUUUGAGUUUUGUAAGCCGAGUAGCUGCAAGAGGAUUGGCUAGUAGAGGGUAUAUACAUCUGAUCAAGAUAUGAAUCCUAGGGUGCGUCAGAGAGUUGAUGAAGAUGGUUCGGAUAUGAAUCGUAAGGUGCGUCAGAGAGUUGAUGAAGAUGGUAAGGAUAAGAGUCGUAAGGUGCGUCAGAGAGUUGAUGAAGAUGGCUCGGAUAUGAGUCGUAGGGUGCGUCAGAGAGUUGAUGAAGAUGGUAAGGAUAAGGUUGGUGGUGCACCAAGCUAUCUUCUGACUGGUGAUGAGGAUGCAGCACCAAAGGUUCAAGAGUCGUCUAAGGAUUGGUCUAGUCUGACUUACGACCUGAUGCUUCACGUGUUCACUCUACUGGACAACCGCGACCGAGCUAGCUUAGCAUCCACGUGUACGACAUUGAGAAGCCUCGGUGCUUCUCCUUACCUCUGGAGUUCUUUGGAUCUUCGCGCUCACAGGUUUGAUGAUUCAGCAGCAGCUUCUCUCGCAGAUAGAUGUGCUGAUCUUGAGAAGGUUAGGUUUGAUGGCCUUGACUCCGCUGCCGCCUUGGUUAAUCUCAAAGCAAGGAAGCUGCGUGAGAUAACCGGCGAAUCUUGUGAGAACCUAACAGAUGCUACGUUGUCUAUGAUCAUUGCACGCCAUGAAGCUCUUGAGACCCUCGAGCUUGGACGAGGCUUCGGCGAUAGGAUCACUAGCCAGGCUAUAAAGAUAAUAGCCAUUUGCUGUCCCAAACUUAAGAAACUCCGUAUCUCUAGAAUGAUAGACGUUAGCGCUGAGGCGAUUCUAUCUCUGGCCGAGCACUGCCCCCUGCUAAGCGAUGUUGGAUUCUUGGAUUGUCUGAACAUCAACGAAGAAGCCUUGGGGAAAGUGGUUUCUCUUCGCUACCUCACCGUCACCCGGACGUUAAACAUGGACUGGAGAGCUGCAGCAGAGAGUUGGGGGAAGCUUCCGAACUUAACCGGUUUGGAUGUCUCGAGAACCGGCGUUGACCACGGGACGGUUUCGAGGCUGUUGACAUCGUCUAAGAGUUUGAAAGUUGUGUGUGCUUUAAACUGCCCCGUGCUCGAACACGAUGCAGAUUUCAACCCUGGUAGAUUCGAAGGAAAGCUCUUGAUUGCUAAGUUUAAUGACACUUUAAAUGGGAUUGCUUCUCUAUUUUUCGAAGAUAACUCAUCAAAGAUGAUGCCAGAGGAUGAUACAAGGCGUUGGCUCGAGGGGAACCUUUCUCGCACUCUUCUAUCUUUGACAGAAAGCAACUUACUAGGAUUGAACGGUUUCUGGCAGAAGGAUGGAGCUAAGUUGUUUCUUAGGCUAAUGCAAAGCUCGCAAGAGGAAGUCCAAGAGAGAGCAACCAGAGGACUUGCAUCUUUCAUCCAUUUGAGUGAUGACAGUGAUAGUAUAUACCGCGAAAGAGCCGAUUCAGUUGUGCGUCAUGGAGGCAUCCCGAUUCUGUUUAAACUUGCUAAAUCUUGGAAAGAAAGUUUCCAGUCGGAAGCUGCCAAGGCUAUUGCGAACUUGUCUUUGAAUGCUGAUGCUGCAAAGGCUGUUUCUGAAGAAGGAGGGGUCAGUGUUCUUCUCGGUUUAGCCAAGUCUAAGAAUAGACUUGUGGCUCAAGAAGCUGCUGGUGCAAUAUGGAAUCUCUCUCUUGGAGACGCAUAUAAGGCCAUUUCACGAGAUGGAGGAGUGAAUGUGUUGAUGGAUCUUCUCUUUAGAUGGUCAUAUGAAUAUGGUGAACUUAUGGAGCGUGCUGCUGGUGCAUUAGCUAAUUUAGCAGGAGACGACAAGUGCAGCAUGGAUAUUGCAAAAGCAGGAGGUGCGAAUGCCUUGGUGACGCUGGCUCGAAACUGCGAGUAUGAAGGAGCACGAGAACAUGCGGUUCGUGGUUUGGCUAAUCUGGCUGCUCAUGAUGAUAGCAACAAUAACAAUGCUGCUAUUGGAGAAGUGCCUCGUGCCUUGGAAACUAUUAUUCAGCUGACGAGGUCCCGUCAUGGUGGUGUUAAACAAGAAGCUGCUGGUGCUCUUUGGAAUUUGGCAUACGAUGAAAAUAAUAGAGAAUUGAUUGCUGAAUUGGGUGGUGUUGAAGCCUCGGUGGCACUUGCCAACUCCUGUAUGAAUAAUAAUACAUCAAGGGAUCUGCAAAAGAGUGCAGCUGGUGCUCUUUGGAGUCUAUCAAACUCAGAAGACCACAGCAUUGUAAUCGGACGUGAAGGUGGUAUACCUCCUCUAGUUGCUCUUGCACGAUCUCAAUAUGAGGAUGUGCAUGAAGUUGCUGCAGGAGCUCUAUGGAAUCUUUCUUUUAAUCAUGUCAAUGCUCUCCGCAUUGUGGAGGAAGAAGGAGUUCUAGCGCUUGGUCGCAUGUGUACUUCUUCUCCUUCCAAAAUGGCUCGUUUCCUGGCAGCAUUAACAUUAGCAUACAUCUUUGAUAGAAGGAUGGAUGAAAGUGUAAGGGCUUCUCCUAAACACUUGGCUAAUAUUAGAAGAAGCGGGCUUAAAUACAUUGAAAGUUACAUUAACACUUUCAUGGAUCCACAAACCCUUGCAACUGCUGCUUCAUCUUAUACUUCAUCUAUGUUAGCAAAAGUAUUGAAGAGAGUUCGUAUCCCAGAAGUUGACAUCUUGAGAUGUAGUGAUAAAGAAAUUGAAAGGUUUGUUACAAUGCUGCGUAACCCUUCUCCUGUACUCAAAAAAAUUGCAGCCUUUGCGCUUCUCCAGUUCACAGUACCGGAAACUAGUCACGCCGAGCAUCAUGCAAGCUUGAUGCAUGACACUGGAUAUCCUAAACUUUUGCGUAUUGCUGCUGCAGCUACAAGUAUGCCUCAUGAAGCUAAGAUCUUUGCGAAAAUUGUGCUUCGCAACCUUGAGCAUCACCAGCCAGAAUGUUCAAAAGGAAAGAGAGUAUCAACUUCUAAAUAGGAUUCGGGCGCCUAUUUCAUUAGCAUUUCUUUAGUGAAUAGACUAUUUAUGUAUCUCUCAGACCAUAAAAAUCAAGACGGAAGCAAAGAAUCAGAGGUACAUCAAGACUAUGGUCUCAGAAGAUGUUUGAUCCAUAUUAAAGACAAGAAAGGUGUUGUGGUAUAAUAUUUAUGUUGGCUUGUUAUGUUUAUCAAUCUUCUUCUGAGAUUUUUUCUGUAACAAAAGACCUUUGUUCUUCAUCAUAUAUAUAUAAUAUUUACCUU